AGGAUCCUGGCUGUGCUGCUUUAAUCAUGAAGAUAGCGAUCAUAAUUGACCUAAUCAUCUUCACUUUGCUGUCUUCAGGGAAGAAAUUCCGAUGGUGCACUCUAUCUGACCUAGAACAGAGGAAGUGUGCUGAACUGUCCAAAGCUCUUACAGCUGUGCUGCCCCUUGCUACCACCGAUUCCUUUACCAGGAUUUCUUGUAUCAGAGCUCACAAUACAUACGACUGCAUUGAUAAAAUCAGGGUGAAUAAAGCAGAUGCUGUCUCCUUGGAUGCUGGAGAUGUUUACUCUGCUGUAAAACUGUACGGCUUGACAGUGGUGGCAAAGGAGAUCUAUGAGAAAGGAAAUUGUGUGUUUGCUGUGGCCGUUGCCAGACGAGGAACUUUGAAUAUCCAGCGGCUAAGAGGUAUGCGCAGCUGCCACAAUGGAGCCAGGUGGACAUCAGGCUGGAAUGUUCCACUUGGCUUUCUCCUGGCUAAAAAUGACAUCUCCUGGGAUGAGACACAACCUCUGAGCCAAGCAAUCAGCGAGUAUUUCAAUGCAAGUUGCAUCCCUGGAGUUGGAAUUGCUGCUCCUCGACUCUGUGAUCUUUGCCAAGGACAGAAAUCCUAUGUCAGAGAGAAGAAUCACUUCUGUGAGACUAGUAGCAGUGAACCCUUUUAUGGCUCUGAAGGAGCAUUCAGGUGCUUGAAGAAUGGAGUGGCAGACGUUGCCUUUCUAGAUCAUCUAACACUGUUGACUGCUACAGAGACAGAACAAGAUGAGUAUGAACUCCUAUGUCCUGAUGGGACCACAGCUGAGCUGAGUGAAUACAGCACCUGUAACCUGGGACAGGGGCCUGGCCAUGCCAUCAUCACUCGCCACAACUUCCAGAAGAUCACCAACAAAUUUCUUACUAUGAUUCAGAACCUCUUUGGGCGAAAAGGAAAGGAAAGGGCCAGAUUUGAACUCUUCACUUCUGCACCCUAUGGGGGAAAGAACCUUCUGUUUCAGGAUGCCACUCAGCACCUGCAGCUUCUCGAGGAACAGCUAGAGAUUGCCUAUGUCCUUGGCCUGGAUUAUGUAGGUCUCCUUAAAGGACUAGGCCAUGAAGGGAGCUCUUUGGACAACAGUGUUGUGCGCUGGUGCUGCAUCAGCGCUGCUGAGCUUCGCAAAUGUGAACACUGGGCACUGAGCAUCAGAUCUUACCCGCUGGUCUGUGUCCAGGCAACCUCCAUGACACAUUGCAUUGAAAUGAUCAAGAGCAGUGAGGCUGAUGCAGUCACCCUGGAUGCAACACAUGUCUACAUUGCAGGGAAGUGUGGAUUGGUGCCUGUAGCUGCAGAAUGUUAUGGGGAGGGAUGUGCUCCAGACAUUGAGACCACAGAGGAAAAGUGGAAACUAAUUCGUCUUGGACGCAAAGCGCUAUCUCCUGUCUAUGCUGUGGCCCUAGCGAAGAAGAAUGCCAAACAGAUUAAUAUCCACAACCUUAGGGGAAGGCGCUCCUGCCACGGCCAUCUGUACAGUCCUGCGGGCUGGUUGCUUCUUUCCAGAUACACAGUGGGAGCUCUGGAGAAUGACACCGACAACUGUAACAUUGACUCCACUUUCCAGAGCUACUUUUGGAAGGGCUGCAUGCCAGGAGCAGAUGGGAGCCUGUGCAAGGUGUGCAUUGGAGACAGCGAGCUGGAAGGGGGCAGAGUCUCUAGCAGAUGUGCUGCCAACCACAAUGAGCUCUACUAUGGCAAUGUGGGAGCUCUCAGGUGCCUAGUUGGCAAUCCCAGUGGAAGGAGCUUUGGAGAUGUAGCUUUCCUGGAACACUCUAACCUGCUCCGGAACAUAAGGAAUCUGGACAUCUCUGGUUGGGCCAAAGGUUAUAGUCCUAGUGACUUUGAGCUCUUGUGCCCGGAUGGAACCCGUGCUGCAGUCACCGAGUGGGCAGGCUGUAACCUUGGACCCAUUCCUCCCAGCACAGUCAUGACUCGACCUGUCAGCAUCACCAAAAUCUAUGACUUCCUAAUGAAAUCCCAGGAAUCUGUGAGAACCAAGCUGGGCUCUGAAUUCCAUCUAUUUCAGUCUCAGAAGUAUGGUGAGAGCGAUCUGCUUUUCAAAGAUACUGCUCGGUACCUUGUUCAUGCAAGUCACAUGAGCUAUAAGGAAAUUCUUGGAGAGUCUUUCUUCCAGCUGGCAGAAUCAGUGUUUAAUUGUACACCUGCAGGUAUCUUAGACUUUUGCAGACAGGAUAUCUGUGCAUCUUCACUGAACUGACAGCUACGUGGAAGCUUUGCAAGGCACAUACACCCUUACUGAUGCUGAAAACAAGGAA